AUGAAGGACUAUUAUGUCAAGGCUUUCAGACACCGAAACUUAGUUAAGCUCCUUGGUUUCUGUUUGAAAGAGAAGAACGACUCCUUGUCUACGAGUUUCUUCCCAACAAACGGUCUUGACAACCACAUAUUUGAUCACAUCGGGAGAGCACGAUUGGAUUGGAAAAAACGCUACAGUAUAAUUAAAAGCAUUGCUUAUGGCCUUCUUUAUCUUCAUGAGGAUUCUCAGCAGAGGAUUAUUCACCGAGAUCUCAAAUUGAGCAAUAUUCUUUUAGAUGAGGACAUGAAUCCUAAGAUUUCAGAUUUUGGUUUUGCAAGGCUUUAA